AUGGCUGCUACUCAAAAAACUGUGUUCGUUUCUGGUGCCACCGGAUUCAUUGCCAAGUAUAUUAUUAAAUUACUGUUGGACCAAAACUAUAAAGUCAUUGGUUCUGUUAGAUCAGAAGAAAAGGGUCAAGAAGUCCUAGCAGACUUUGAUCAUAAUGCUAACUUAUCGAUUGAGAUAGUUAAAGAUUUAGCCAGCUUGACUGCAUUCGACGAAGUCUUCAAGAAGCAUGGUAAGGAUAUCCAAAUUGUCUUACAUACGGCAUCCCCUGUAACUUUCCAAGUGGAUGACGUCGAGAAAGAUAUCUUGAUUCCAGCUGUCAAUGGUGUCAAGUCAAUUCUUAAUGCAAUCUUGCAAUUCGCACCUCAGACCGUGGAAAGAUUUGUCCUCACUUCCUCCCUUGCCGCUCAAAUUAACCCAUUAGCUCCUGAUAGUAAGGACAAAAUUAUUACCGAAAAAAGUUGGAAUGAUGCAACUUGGGAAGGUUGUCAAACAGAUUCAAUGAGUGCAUAUGCUGGAUCUAAGACUUUUGCUGAAAAAGCAGCCUGGGAUUUCAUGAAAGAACAUGGAAAUGAAGUUAAAAUGAAGAUGUCUGCUGUCUUGCCCUCCUUUGUGUUUGGUCCUCAAUUGAAAAUGGACUUUUCGUCAGGUCAUUUGAGAAGUUCUAUGGAAUUCAUUAAUUCAAUUAUUAAUGGUAAAUUACCUCCUCCAAUGUUCUCUGCUGGAGCAUUCAUUGAUGUUCGUGAUGUCGCUAAGGCUGAAUUAGCUGCCUUUCAAAAAGAUGAGUGUAUUGGAAAAAGAUUGGCCCUAGAAAGUGACAUGUACACUGUCCAGGACAUUUUAGAUUAUAUCCAUAAGAAUUUCCCAGAAUUAGCAAAGAUUGUACAGGUGGGUAAACCAGGAUCCAGAGAUGAAGCCUUAAAGAACAGCUUCAAGUUCAACAACGAUGAAACUAAGAAGGUCUUAGGUUUCCAGUUUAUCCCCCUGGAGACUACUCUUCAUGAUUCCCUUAAACAAAUUGAUGAUGCCAAGAAGAACUAG